AUGAAUUUCACACCCUUUGGAAACACCUUUCCGGGCCUUCCACAGUUCACGACGACGACGUCGCCGUUGGUGUCGACGGUAACUGCCGCUGUGGCCGUUGCCGAUGCCGAUGUGACUGCGGCCAAUAACAACAAUCAACAGCAACAACAGGAGCCCGGUGGCAGCGCCAAUCGCUACCAACAACAACAACAACAACAACACCAGCAACAGCAACAGCAACAGCAACAACAGCAGCAGGUGACGUCGGGCGUAUCUAUGACGCACUUCAGCCAGCCCAGCAGCAGCGCCGCCGCCGGCAGCAAGUUUCGCAGCGGGCAGGAGGAGGCGCUGCAGGGCGAUAAAUAUAAUGGGCAUCUGCAGCAACAGCAGCAACAGCAACAACAACAACAACAGCAACAGCAGCCGCAAUAUGCGACUGUCUAUGCAACCAGUGCCACGACGAGCGCGGUGGAUGCCCUGCAGGCGAGCAGCUCCGGACAGCAGCAACAACAACAACAACAGCAGCAGCUGCAACAGCAACAGGUGGUGGCGCCGCAGGAGCUGACACAGGAUCUAUGCAAUGCCAUAUUGCAGCAACAAGUGCUACAGAAUACCUCCUGGCAAACGAUCACGCCCGGCACCACUGUCGCCGACUACCUCUCGCAUCUUCCAGCCAACACGUUGCCGCUGUCGCUGCACCACUUUCUCAAGUACUCCGCGGAGACCAUCAAAAAGGAGAACCAGCAGAAUGUGGUGCUGCAGGUGCAGACGGGGCCAGGCGCAGCCAUUGGCAUCAACACGAUUGGCACAACGACAACCAUAAGCAUACCUCAGCAGGAGCAGCAGCCGCUGCAUCAGCAACAGCAGCAGCAGCAGCAGCAACAACAGCAGCAGCAGGAAACACUGCAGUUGCAGUCGCAGGUCGCGGUGGCGAACACGUCAACAGCCGUAAGCGGUGCCAAGAAGAAGAAACGCAAAAAGCGCUCGAAAGAGCGCAAGCCAAAGCUGCGUCCUGGCGAGAUUCGCAUGGGCACUGCACUGGACGGCAGUCCGCUCUACAUGUGCCCCGAAUGUCAUGUGGCCUAUCCGGAACCGGAGUUGCUCGAGGUGCAUCUGGUGGGGCACAAUCUGGAGCGGCGCUAUGUAUGCGAUAUAUGUCAGGCAUCGCUCAAGCGCAAGGAUCAUCUGACGAGGCACAAACAGUCGCACAAUCCGGAACGGCCAUACAUCUGCACGGUCUGUUUGAAGGCCUUUAAGCGCAAGGAGCAGCUGAGCCUGCAUUUUGUCAUCCAUUCGGGCGAGAAGCGACAUCAGUGCCAGGAAUGCGGCAAGGGCUUCUAUCGCAAGGAUCACCUGCGCAAGCACACACGCUCCCACAUAGCCAGGCGCGUCAAGGCCGAGCUAAAUAGUCAUGUGCGGCGCGAGAACGGCACCAGCAUGUUGCAGCCGGUGGUGACGGCUGCCACAACUGCGGCCGUGCAGCAUGCCAAUCAGCAGCAGCUGCAACUACAGCAGCAACAGCAGCAGCAGCAACAGCAGCAGCAGCAGCAACAGCAGCAGCAGCAGCAUCACAUUGUCGUCAGCCAACAACAACAGCAACAAGCAACUGGGCAGCAGCAACAACAGCAAAUGCUAAAUUAGCCAAAUGAUUUUUGUAAAGUCAGUUAAAUCAAAAUUCAAAAACCACAUGACACAUU